AUGCGCGAGAAGGGAUUUGAUCAGCUUCCAGUCCUGGCGCCUUCUGGCAGGAGGCUCGUGGGCCUCGUCACGCUGGGUAAUGUCCUCAGCCGGCUGACUCAUGGGCGUGUUACUGGGAAGAGCCCAGUCUCCGAGGUCAUGUUUGACUUCUCCAAGAUCCCCGAAGUCGUAACGGACCCCCGUGACAUGGGGAUCACCAGUGCCCAGCCUCUCGACCCGUCUCAGACAAGAGAUACCCUGCGGGCCCCGGCCAAGGGUCGCCGCUUCAUCGAGAUCACCAUGGACACUCCUCUCAGCGUGUUGAACCGCUUCUUUGAGUGGAACAGCGCCGCAGUUGUGACUGAGAAAGAUGAGGCUGGAGUGAUAAAGCCGGUGGCAAUUGCCACCAAGGUCGAUCUGCUUACUUGGAUGCUGCAUCACGGCAAGAAGAGCUCGUAA